UACCUUGCCUCUUCUUCUUCUUCUUCUUCUUCUUCAUCGAGAGUCGCAUAAUAGAUGCUGCCUACUACUGAAAGGUGAAGAACAAUAAAUCCAGAGGAAGAAAACCUAGAAAUCGAAGGAUGUUUACGGCGGUGAUAUGCGUUCUGAUCGUCCUCUGCUUCUUACUCAAAUCCUUCUUCUACGAAGACGACACUCUCGAUCUCGCUUCCUCUCAUUCCAGUGCUCUCUUCACCGUCGCCAAAAGGCUGGAAAAACUUUAUCGUGGAAGCAAAGCCUACGUCGGCAUCCAAAUUCCUGACCCCGAUUCCGCUUCUCGCAAGAAUAUUGAUCUUGUUCUCGUCACUAAUCAAGGGGUUGUGGUGAUUUCUGUGAAGAAUUUAUCAGGGUUUGUGUCCACCGACAAGGAUGGUAAUUGGCUUUGCACCGACGGAAAGCACCAUAAGACGGACCUUGUGCCGAACCCUGUACAGGAAGCCAGGCAAUUGGUUCCUAUACUUGAAGAGUAUCUUGAACAAAGGGGAGUUGUUCUUCCAGAAGGAUAUGUGUCCUUUAAAGUCAUAUGCCCAAACCCAAAUUUCCGUUCCAUUCAUGCAGACUCUUUUCCACAUGAGGUCAUUACUUAUGAUCAGUGGACACAAUUAAAACCCGAGCAUGGGAGCCUGUAUUCUGGAUGGAUCAAAGGUGUACUUCAUGUUGGAAAGGAUAAUAUGAAGGAUUCAAUUAUCGAGAAGCUUAACUCUGUCCUCAGCACCGCCCCAAUUUCUGAUAGGUGCGAUAAUCGUCCCAUAUUCCAAUUAUGUUACUAUGCAACACACUGUUGAAGUUAGAUGGGGAAUAAAAUUGAAGUAUAGCUUUAAGGGUUUAUGUUGAAUUGGGCUUGUGCAUU